ACAAAGAAAGCCUAAGACAUGAUGCAUCACAUUCUUCUGCUCCUCUCUUUGGCUGGCUCAACAUAUGGUUGGCGGCCGGUGGAGGAGUGGGGCUCUGGAAAUGUAACAGGCACUGUGGGAGAGUUCGGGCAAUGUAUCUGCAAAGUAUUCCUUCCUGACACUACAUUCCCAGCAGACCGUGUGGAUAUUGUGCAGAUAACUUCUAAUAAGCUGACUGCUGAAAUGGAGGUCCAUAUUAACAAGGUGAUUUAUAUAAAAGCCGAGCUGGUUAUUCUUCUCUCGGAGCUCAGUAACUUGACCACUCGUGUGGAUAUAUUGGGAAGUGGGCCUGACAAGUACAUCAAACUUGAGUUUGACCUCCUGAGGGUCGAGCUGCGUGAGUUCGAAUCACUGGUCACACACCUGAAAACAUCCCUUAACUCCUCCUCACCAGUCUUUGACAGCCUUUACAAUGAGAUCCUCAACAUGAGCCUGACUGUAGACCAGCUGGAAAGCUAUGACAAGAGCAACUUAGAAGUGAUCCGCCUCGAGUUUAUCAAACUUCAGAAGAAGCUGGAGAAAUGCAGAGACGAACAAGAUAACUUCUCCAAUGCAGCAGUCGGUUCCUGCAAGCAUGGAGGUAUUCUGAAAAUCAGCAAGCCUGUAGUUAGCCAGCUGAAUGCAGAUCUGAGUGGAAGCUACUUAUAUGGAGGAUGGGGCAAAGACUCUAGCCCUGUGCCUGGUUCUGAAAAUAUAUACUGGUACUCUGCUUUCUCUAGUACACUGCUGAGUAGAAUUCAUGUUUAUUCAGACUACUACAAAUUGAUCAUGAGACAGCCAAUAAAAACUCACGAGCUUUAUACCAACCGUGACUGGAGAGGUCUUGGUAAUAACUACAUUGUGCGUAGUAACACCCUGUAUUAUCAGUUCAGAGACCCUUUCAGCAUGGGGAAAUACAACAUGACCAGUCAGACCGCAACAUACAGGGUGGUGCCAAAGGCCAGUAACAGAUUCUCCUACCAAUAUUCCGGCAAUCAGAACUUAGACUUUGCAGCAGAUGAGAAUGGAUUGUGGGUGACGUACGCUACAGAGGAAGCGAAGGGUAAACUGGUGCUGGGAAAAAUAGAUGAGGCAGCAUUUGCGCUGACAGAAGUUUGGGAAACCAGCAUUUUCAAACAAUCUGUCACGAAUGCCUUCAUGAUAUGCGGUGUUCUUUACGCUACACGAUCUAUAGAUACCCAAACAGAAGAGAUCUUUUACACUUACAACACACGCACGAGACAGGAUAGCUAUGUUAGCAUUCAGUAUGAAAAGUUCCAGGAUUUCUAUGUCAACUUGGACUAUAACCCUAGAGAUCAGAAACUCUACAUGUUCAACAAUGGCUACUAUGUCUCAUAUAAUGUAAAGUUUAAGAGUGCCUAGACACCCUUUGACAGGCCAAAUAUACUGAACAGUCUGACGGUGUGAUCUUAAUUCCCUGAUUAAUUAUACAGACAAGUAUGAUUUUCUGUUUUGUGAAUGAAUAAAAAUGAAUUAAAGCA